AACGGCUCCAUCAUUGUGUCUAUAAGAGUACUAGAGAGACAAACCUCGCUUACCUUUACUAAAGCAACGCCUGUCAUUUUAUUCCGAAACCUCCGUGAAAUCCAGCAGAAGCAGGUAGGACCUCUGAAUUAUGAAGCAGAGCUCUACUGGACCUUCUCUUUACUCUUCUAGUCAUCAUAUGUGCUGCUGGUUCAACCAAGACCACUUCUGCUGCUCCUAGUGGUUUGGCUUCCUCUCUCCGAAAGGAAAAAAAGGAGAAUUUGCAAUCCACAUCAGCUGUUGUCUGGUCACAUAUGGUGCAUUGUUUGCAUUCCCGAGCUUACAUCCCCACUACUCAAUCUCUUGCCAGUCUGUGGCACUCAUAGGUUUCAUCAACACUAAAUAAUAAUAAGGGUGUUCUUGUUUUUCCUGGAUCGCACGUGCUAAAGGCCGUUUUUUUGUUUUCCGUCCCCACUGCCACGCGGGUAGUGGCAGGACAUUGUAGGCCAUGGAGCCCAAUAUGGAGUACUGUCUUACGCAGGUGCUACAGAAGGAUGUGGCCCGCAGGUUGCAGAUGGGCCCGGAGCUCAUUGACUAUAUCACAGAUGCUGACAAGUGUCACGACCUGGAGAGUGACCAGACCGCGUUGGAUAAGAUGGUGGAUGGAAUCGCCACCUCCUGGGUUAAUUCAAGCAACUUUAAGCUGGCUUUGUUGGGAAUAGAUCUACUAUCUGCCUUAGUGACAAGAUUACAGGACCGAUUUCGGCCCCAAGUUGGUACAGUUUUGCCCAGUUUGAUCGAUCGUUUAGGUGAUGCCAAAGAUCAAGUCAGAGACCAAGAUCAAACCCUGCUGCUAAAGAUCAUGGAGCAGGCAGCUUCUCCUCAGUACAUAUGGGACAGAAUGCUGGGGGGGUUCAAACACAAAAACAACAGGACCAGAGAAGGUGUUUGUUUCUGUCUAAUAGCAACUCUGAACAUAUAUGGCGCCCAAGGCUUAACCCUAAGUAAAAUUGUACCACAUAUAUGUAAUUUGCUUGGAGACCCUACGAGUCAGGUUCGAGAUGCGGCUAUGAACUGCCUCGUGGAAAUAUAUAGACAUGUAGGAGAGAGGGUUAGGAUUGACCUUAGCAAAAAAGGACUGCCGCAAUCACGGUUAAAUGUCAUUUUCAGCAGAUUUGAUGAAGUCCAAAGAUCUGGGAACAUGAUCCUCUCAUCUGGUUCAGAUAAGAACUUUGAUGACGAGGACUCUGUGGACGGGGGCAGGUCCUCCUCUUCCUUAACGAAGGGCUUCUCCAACAGCAGAAGAGUAGGCAGCAUGGGCUCAAUGAGACGACCCAGUUCUGCCUCUGGAUCCAGGGCUGCGGCGAAGGAUGGAGUUAGUGCCGGGGCCGUAGAUGAGGAGGAUUUCAUCAAAGCUUUUGAAGAUGUUCCUGCAGUGCAGAUAUAUUCCAGUAAGGAGUUAGAAGAUUCAUUGAAUAAAAUUCGUGAAGUUCUGUCAGAUGACAAGCAAGACUGGGAGCACAGAGUCACUGCUCUGAAGAAGGUGCGAUCGUUACUUAUGGCUGGUGCAAUCGAACAUGAGGGUUUCCUUCAACAUCUCCGGCUUUUAGAAGGUGCCCUCAAGCUCUCGGCUAAAGAUCUUCGGUCCCAAGUGGUUCGAGAGGCCUGCAUCACGCUAGGGCAUCUGUCCUCACUGCUGGGGAAUAAGUUUGACCAUGGGGCUGAAAGCAUCAUGCCCACGCUGCUCAACCUGGUGCCCAACAGCACCAAAAUCAUGGCCACGUCCGGAGUGGCAGCCAUCCGCUUCAUUCUCAGACACACACACUUCCCGCGCCUUAUCCCCAUUAUCACCAGCAACUGCACUUCCAAAUCCGUCGCUGUUCGAAGACGAUGUUACGAGUUUUUAGACGUGUUACUGCAGGACUGGCAGACACACACUCUUGAGAGACAUGUGGCGGUUCUCACCGAGACCAUCAAGAAGGGGAUCCAUGAUGCUGACUCAGAGGCCAGAUCUGUGGCCAGAAAGUGUUACUGGGGUUUCCAUGGUCAUUAUAGUCGGGAGGCAGAGCUUCUGUUUCAGGCGUUGGAGUCGACAUAUCAGAAGGCCCUUCAGUCUCACCUGAAGAGCUCAGACAGCAUAGUGUCUCUCCCACAGUCUGACCGCUCCUCCUCCAGUUCUCAAGAGAGUCUCAAUCGACCACUCUCAGUGAAUACUGUCAUUGGAGCCCCCGUUACCAGAAGUAAAGUCAUUGGCUCAAGGGUGUCCACAACACCCGGCGCUCUCCAGCGGUCCCGCAGCGACGUGGACGUUAACGCGGCCGCCAGCGUCAAAUCCCGCAUGUCCAGCGCAACCUCCCCGUCUCCUUUCAGCUCCGCCGCAGCUCUGCCUCCAGGCUCCUACGCCUCCCUGGAUGGUGCGCCUGGUAAAAUAGAUGGUCGCGUUCGCACGAGGCGGCAGAGCUCAGGCAGCACGGUCAGCGCCAGCAGCACAGUGACGGACAGUCGUGGUCGAACCAGAGCUAAAGUAGUGUCACAAUCCCAGCGAUCCAGAUCAGCUAACCCCACUAGUGCCGGCAGUCGAUCCAGCUCUCCUGGAAAGCUUUUGGGGCACACGUAUGGCAGAAUUCCGAGGGCCACUGCCCCAACAACACCCUCAGACAAGUACUCCAGGUUCCCUAGAAGUCAGGGCUGCAGCCGUGAGACCAGCCCCAGCAGACUGGCUCUAGCCAGGCUGUGUGGUAAAGCUCUUCUUCCUGCCACUUCUCCCUAUCGCACGCUAGCCCGGAGCAGUCGCAUCCCCCGCCCCAGCAUGAGUCAGGGGUGCAGCCGUGACACCAGUCGCGAGAGCAGCCGCGACACCAGCCCCACUCGGGGCUUUACUCCUCUUGCCUCCCGACGUCACUCUCGCUCCACCAGCGCGUUGUCCACGGCUGAACCCGUGGGCCAGUCAGAUCGGCUCGGUCUGAUCCAUCAGGCUCGUAUUUCUGCAUCUGUCAAUGCCAUGAGGGUCCUGAACACCGGGACGGAGGUGGAGGCGGCCGUGGCUGAUGCUUUGCUGUUAGGAGACUCCAGGAAUAAGCGCAAGCCUUUGAGAAGGAGGUAUGAGUCCGACGAUGACGCCAACAGCGACGCAUCCAGCGCCUGCUCUGAGCGCUCCUACAGCUCCCGUAACGGAGGCAUACCGCACUAUCUGCGGCAGACGGAGGAUGUGGCGGAGGUGCUGAACCACUGCGCAAGCUCCAACUGGUCUGAGAGGAAGGAAGGCCUGCUGGGUUUGCAAAAUCUGCUGAAGAGCCAGCGCAUUCUCAGCCGAGUGGAGUUUAAGAGAUUAUGUGAGAUCUUCACCAGAAUGUUUGCAGAUCCUCACAGCAAGGUAGUGUUCAGCAUGUUCUUGGAGACUCUGGUGGACUUCAUCACUGUGCACAGAGAAGAUCUCCAGGACUGGCUCUUUGUUCUUCUCACUCAGCUACUGAAGAAGAUGGGGGCUGACCUCUUGGGCUCAGUCCAAGCUAAGGUCCAAAAGGCUCUGGACAUCACACGGGAAUCGUUCCCCUUUGACCAGCAGUUUAACAUCCUGAUGAGAUUUAUUGUUGAUCAGACCCAAACCCCCAAUCUGAAGGUGAAAGUGGCCAUCCUGAAAUACAUUGAGUCACUGGUACGGCAAAUGGACCCUGCAGACUUCGUGAACUCGAGUGAGACGAGAUUAGCUGUGUCCCGCAUUAUCACUUGGACCACAGAACCCAAGAGUUCUGAUGUUAGAAGGACCCUUCAUAACUGGGCAAUUGAGGAGUUAUCAGGCAGGCCCAGCACUACAGCCCUACUGCCCGGAGAGGGUCACCUGGAGGACAGGUGCAAGCAGGCGGCCCAGGUCGUGCUGAUCUCACUCUUUGAGCUAAACACGCCCGAGUUCACCAUGCUGCUGGGCGCCCUGCCUAAAACAUUCCAGGACGGGGCCACAAAGCUCCUGCACAACCAUCUGAAGAACUCCAGCAACACCAGCAGUGUGAGUUCUCCAAGCAAUACGAUGGGUCGCACUGCACCCCGUCACCCUACCAGCAGGACCAGCCCACUCACUUCUCCCACAAACUGCUCCCAUGGUGGACUGUCACCGAGUCGGUUAUGGGGUUGGAGUGUCGAUGGGCUCUUAAAGCACCCCCCUCCCCCUCCUCCUCCUCUUCCUCCAUCUCACUCCUCUAUUCCUGCCGGCCCCUCCCUCAGGGCCUUCCGCUGCGCUCUCUCACCAAGUAUGCUGGAGUAUGACACCGAGAACAUGAACUCUGAUGAGAUCUUUAUCUCGCUGCGGGGUGUCACAGAGGCCAUCCAAAGCUUCAGUUACCGCAGCCAGGAGGACCUGAACGAACCAAUCAGACGUGAUGGCAAGAAAGACGAUGCUAUUGGAAGGGAAGGGGCGUCUCCAGGAUCUGACGCUAGACUGGGAUUGGAUGUAAUGGAAGGAGGCAGAACAGCUUUGGAUAACAAGACGUCUUUGCUUAACACGCCAUCCCCGCGGUCUUUCGCUGUGCCCCGGACGCGUGAGUUCGCCCCCUACGGCUACGCAGACACGAUUACGGCCUACGACAAGAGCGCCCUGAAAGAGGCCGUUUUCGAUGAUGACGUGGAUCAGUUCCGUGACUGCCGGCGGCAAGACUGUGGUGAGAACAAGAUGGUGCUGCCCAAGAGCUUUACUCCUGAUAUGGUGGCAGACCUGCUGAAGGAGCUGUCCAAUCACAACGAGCGAGUGGAGGAGAGGAAGGGGGCUCUGAUCGAGCUGCUGAAGAUCGCACGUGAGGACAGCUUGGCUGUAUGGGACGAACACUUCAAAACCAUCUUACUGCUGCUGUUGGAGACACUUGGGGACAAGGAUCACACCAUCCGAGCGUUGGCUUUACGGGUCCUGAAGGAGAUCCUUAGGAACCAACCAGCACGCUUCAAGAACUAUGCAGAACUUACCAUCAUGAAGACGCUGGAAUCUCACAAGGACUCUCAUAAGGAGGUGGUAAGAGCGGCUGAAGAGGCCGCCGCUACGCUGGCCGGUUCCAUUCACCCAGAGCAAUGCAUCAAAGUGCUAUGUCCCAUCGUACAGACAGCAGACUACCCCAUCAACCUAGCUGCUAUUAAGAUGCAGACCAAAGUCGUUGAGCGCAUUGCUAAGGAGUCCCUGCAUCAGUUGAUGCCAGACAUCAUUCCUGGACUCUUACAAGGCUACGACAACACGGAGAGCAGUGUCCGCAAGGCCAGCGUGUUUUGUCUCGUGGCCAUCUACUCAGUGAUUGGUGAAGAGCUGAAGACCCACUUGGCCCAGCUCACGGGUAGCAAGAUGAAGUUGCUGAAUCUGUACAUUAAGAGAGCCCAGACUACGAACAGCAACAGCAGCAGUUCCUCGGAUGUGUCGUCUCACAGCUAGUCGGAUGUUCUCUGAUCAGUGCCCUACAUGGGCGUUUGGAAACAUAGUCGUGCCUCCUCCAGCUAUCGAUUUCUUUUUUUAUUGCUUCAUCACAAUCUUGCUGGAUUUCUCCAGGAGAAACGUGUGCUCAUCACAAUCAGCAGACCUCUGUGUUAGUCAUGCAUCUUUUCAUCUGUGAGUGAAUGUAAAGAAGUUUGGAUAGUGGAAAAAGAACGUCGGCUUUUUGAUAGAGAAGAGAUCUUCCAUGAUUGGCAUUGCUUGCUUAAAUGGAGCAAAAAGGCUUUCUUCAACUUCUGAAGAGAAGAUUCGAUUUAGUAAUAAUAGUAAUAACUUAUUCGUGUUUGCAGGUUUAAGUUGUUUGGAAACAUUUUAAAUGGGCACAUUUGGGUUAGCUUACACGUCACUUGAAUCUUAGUUAAUGCUAGUUGAUCAUUUGGCUGGCCGAGUGAUAAAUGUAAAGAGAAGAGAAAAAUUUAAGCAAUUUGUAGGCUACAAUGACAACCAAAAAACGAACAUUCUUAUAUCCAUUUUUAGUUCUUGUAUUAGUAAGUAUGCAGCUGACAUGGGACGCAAUACCAUACGCCACAAUGCUGAAAAUGUAGGAAAUGUUUUUUGUUUUUCAUGCAAAUGAUGAAGCUUUUGUUGAUUUUAUUAUGGAUCAUGUGUUUAAAAAUUUGCUAAGGCCUCACUGCAGAACACUAGGACAAACAUCUGAAUGUAAAGUUGUUUGGUUUUUAUCAUUUGAAGAAGUGAAGGGUUUCGAGAGCAAAUUAUAAAGAAAACGUGCAAGACGUGCGAGCCGCAACAAACAAGUUCGAAAGUUCCCGUUUCAUUUCUGUGGAACGGAGUUUGAAAAUAUGACCAUGAAGUAUCCUUAAAAAAAAACUACACGCAGUUGCUUGAGAGGCGGAAAGAUUGUGAUGGAAAUUUCAAAGCUAUAAUGCCUUAUUUUCAUUUGAUUCUGUUUUCAAAACUCAGACUGUUAAAACGUCCACAGGCAUUCACACACUACAAUGAUAAAGCAUGGCACUGCACAUGUCUGUGACACUAAUUGUAAACCCUCUAAUGUUACGUUAUCUCAAAGGUGUGAACUCUGUUUUCGUCGCUCAUCUGCCAAAUUUUCCACCUGAUCUUAAAUGCUGGGAGUUUAGUGUUGUGUACACACCUUUCCAUCAUUGCUUCUCUCUCCCCACAGAAAGAAAAAAUGUGUUGCACUCUUUUGCACGUUAACAAUUAGCUUGCAUGUUCCGAAGACGUAACCAUCCUGUGCUGCCGCGACCGACCUAUAGGUUUGGCUGUUUGUGAAAACCUUAACCUCUGCUGUCGGGUCAGUCUGUAAAUACAGUAUUAUUAUUGUUAUUAUUAAUAUUUUGCCCAUGUUGGGAAGUAGGCAAGUGCAAAAUUUUAAUUGCUCUCAGAGUUGACCAAAAUGUCUGUUUGUCCUCAGACUGGGAACCAGACCACUUUAGAAAUUCAGGACAGACAUUGGAAGCAGCCUACUAUCAUUGAGUAUUAUAUACUGGGGCAUGUGGCUUUUAUUGGUAUUCAUUCGAAUAGUUUUUAACUAAUUUAGACCACAGACAUAAUUUUGGUUUGUUGUGAAGAAAAAAAGAUGUUAAUUUAAAGAACAAAGUCAACUGUAAGGAUCAACAGUAUAAGUAUUAAACCUAAACGCAGCUCCCUGAGUUUCCUGAUAUGUUGACUUCUGAUGGUAUUCCAUCUAACUGUUCACCAAGCAUGUUAGAUUUGGUUUUGUUAUUGGACACUGCUACACUCUUGUAUUUAUGUUUACUUUAUUUCCUUUACUUUCCCAAUGUACAGUUUUUUUCAAGGCUUGUGAUAGAAUUACAACUUAGGUUUGCCCUAGAAAUAAAACAAUCA